GGGCUCGUUCCGACCGGGCCGCAUCGCCCGGAGAGCGGCCCGCUGAGGGUUCCGAGGGGCUCUGCGCGGUACCGUGGAGCGGCGGGACCGCUCCGUGCUGGCUCCGCGCGUUCCAGCGGGGCGGGCUCGCUCUUUUCCUGCCGGGCCUCGGCGCUCACUUCCGCCCUCCCCUCACGCAGGGCGGCGGCGCUGUUGCCAUGGAGACGAGCGCGCACCCCUAUUGGCCGCGCGCGCUGGCGUUGCCGGGUUACGUGGCGGGCGCGCGGCCCGGCUGGCAGUGCGCAGGCGCGGUGGCGGCGGCGGCGGCGGCGCUGUUUUCGCUGGGUUGGGCGCUGGGCGGGGCCGGGCGGAGCCCCGCCCGCCGCUUGGUCCUGGGCUGGUUCCUGCUCUGCUCCGGUAUCCACGGGGUCCUGGAAGGAUAUUUCAGCCUCCGGCACCGGGAGCUGCCCGCCGACACCGGGCUGCUGGCUGACGUCUGGAAGGAGUACGCCAAGGCCGACAGCCGCUACAUGACGAGCGAUGACUUCACGGUUGCCAUGGAGACGGUGACAGCCUGGGCCUGGGGUCCCCUCAGCUUCCUCACCUUCCUCGCCUUCCUCCGCCACCACCCGGCCCGCUACGUGCUGCAGCUCAUCGUGUCCCUCGGGCAGCUCUAUGGGGACGUUCUCUACUUCGCCACCGAGGCCCGGGCGGGCUGGACCCACAGCGACCCCCGCCCCCUUUAUUUCUGGGGUUAUUUCGUGGGGCUCAACGGGCUCUGGCUGCUGGUGCCCGGCCUCCUCAUCCUCGACGCCUGGCGCCAGCUGGCCACCGCCCAGCGCGGCCACGACCGGCCCCGCCACAAGGCCCACUGAGCCCGGGACCCCCCGAGGGACCCCCCGAGGGACCCCCCGAGGGACCCCCCGGCACCUCCU